AUGUUUAAAGUAAAUUUAAAACUUUUAAAAGUUUAUGCGCAAUGCGUGGAGUCACCGAUAAUUUAUGCAUUUUAUUAUUUUAAACUUUUCGACAUUACGUGGAAAGAAAUUAUCUUAAACACUUGGAUUGUUAUUCUACAACUCAGCUACGCACUCGAGCUCUUUGUUUUAGAAGAAAAAAAAAUGACUAAAAGUAGAAUAUCCGACUAUACGUCGCUUUACCAGCUUACUAAAAAACUGGGGACAGUUAUAGGAGUGUGGCCUUAUGAAAAUUCAAAUAUUUUUUAUCGGCUUGUGCCUUAUAUACCAAUGACAUUACAUUUAAUAAUUUCAUUGGCGAUAUUUGGUUACGUUGGUGAACAUUUUCCGAAUAUUGCUCUCGUUUCACGGGGGUUGAGUAUUUCAACAAGCUUUGUCACUACGAUUUUAAAAAUAGUGUGUUUGAAAAUAAAUCAUGAAGAUUUAACAGAGUUACACCAACAUCUUCAUCCGUACUUCAAAAAAUUAUUAAAAGACUCAAAACUAUCAGACCUCAUUUUAAAAGACGUCGAAAUGUUUAAGCUUGUAUCAUGGUCAUUAACUAUUUGUGUUGCCACUUGUCUGGGGUCUUAUAUUCUUACCCCACUGAGUUUUAUAAUAAGCUGUUAUAUUCAUCAUAUUGAAAUAACAAACUAUCCGCUAAUCUAUCCUUGCUCUUAUCCGUGGAAGAUAACCUCCAAUGGAAUCGUUUAUCAAUUUCAUUUUGUUUUUGAAACAUGUUGUGGAUUAGCAAUGUUUUUCGUUUCUACGAGUGUUGAUAUAUUAUUCCCGUUUUAUGUUUUUCAAAUGAUUGCCCAGUUUCGUGAAAUCUCAUAUAAUAUUACGCAUAUUGAUGACGAUGAUGAUGAAAGCAGUAUUAUAGAUAAAUGUGUGACUCAAUAUGAAAGAUUAAUGAGAUGUCGGGAUAUACUGGAAAAAAUUUGGGGACCAAUUAUUCUUUGGAGUGUAACGACUAAUGCUAUUGUACUUUGUACAGUACUAUUUCAAAUAUCAAAGAUGAGAAGUAUAACAAUCGUCAAGGGAUUGUUAUUAGUUGCAUAUGUUGGAUUGAAAUUGGGACAGACCUUUAUUUAUGCAUGGAGUGGAUCUUGUUUAAUUGAUGAGAGUGAAGUCUAUAGAGAUGCUGUUUAUGCUGCCAAUUGGUACGGAAAUCAACGUCUUAUGACUUCAAUUAUCAUGAUGCUAACACAAAGACCUUUGACUUUAACAGCCUGCAAUUUUUCAAUUGUUUCUGUCAAAAUUUUUAUCACGUUUCUCAAUACAGCAGUUUCUUACUUUUUUCUUCUGCAAACCCUCGAUGAUAAAGAUCUCAAAAAAAGAAUGGCUGAUAAAAAAAUAUCAGAUUAUCUAAUAUACAGAACAGUUAUUAAAAAAUUAGUCAUUUCAGUCGGUUUAUGGCCUUUAGAUAAACCAAACAUAUUUUACAAUCUUAUCCCAUACAUCCAAAUAAUUAUCAAUGUAUUUAUGUGUUUCGGUAUGAUUGGUUACGUACGUGCUAAUUUCACUAAUGUCGCACUUGUCACAAGAGGAUUAAGUAUAAUGACUAGUUUUUUAUCAACGAUUGUUAAGGUUGGAUCAUUUGUUAUGAACCGUAAAGACGCAAUAGAUCUACACAAUACUCUUGAUUUGUAUUUCAAUAAAAUGCUAAACAGUAAACAGUUACCAUGGGUUAUUUUAAACAAUAUCACAACUAUUCGUCCUUUGACGUGGACAUUUCUUGUCUUAGUUUCAAUAUCAUGUGGAGUGCGUAUUAUUGAUCCAUUUUCAUCAGUCAUUAGCCAAUUAUCGCAAAAAAUAAGUCCUAUUAAGUACCCACUUUUGUAUCCAAGUGUAUUUCCUUGGUCACUAGUACCAGGUGAAACAUUGUACAACUGUGAAUUUAUCAUUGAAUUGUUAGCAACAAUGACACUGUGGUUAAUUACAAUGAGUGUCGAUUGUCUAUUUACGUUUUAUGUAUUCCAAAUGAUUGGACAAUUACGAGAAAUUGCAGAUUGCUUUGAUAACUUAGAUGGCGACGAUGAUUAUGAUUGUCAAAAUAUAGUGCGUAAAUGUGUUAAUCAAUAUCAGACGAUAAUAAAAUGUCGUGAUUUAUUGCAAAAAAUUUAUGGACCCAUUAUUUUAUGGCUUAUGGUUACUAAUGCCAUUAUACUUUGUACAGUAGCAUUUUCAGCUACCAAGAUGGAUAGUAUACCGAUUGGGAAAGGAUUAAUAUUAUUGACUUAUAUUUUAUUGAAAUUAGUUCAGACGUUUAUGUACGCAUGGAGUGGUUCACUUUUAAUGGUGGAGUCUGAAGAAUGUAGAGAAGCUAUUUAUGCUGCAAAAUGGUUCGGAAAUAAACGACUUAUGACUGCUAUUAUUAUAAUACUUUCUCAAAAACCACUGAAUUUGACAGCUUGUAAUUUUUCUGUCGUAUCUGUUGAUAUUUUUCAAGCGGUUGUUAACACUACGGUAUCUUACUUUUUUCUACUGCAGACAAUAGAACCCGAUUCCUAAACAGUUUAAUUUUUUACGCAAAACUUCUUAAUAUUUUUUUAUCACAUUAAAUUAUUUAGAAAAUCAUUGGUUUUCAAUACAUUUGAGACGUAGAAUAAAAAUUUUAUAAUAAUAUAGUUUAAUUUUUCACAUGUAGUGUAAUUUCUGAAAGUAUCUUAAUUUAAUAGAAUCAUUGAAAUGCGCACUUUCUAAACAUGAAUAAGUGACAUAAGUGAAUAUUCACUAAUUCAAAGUGCCAAUCAAACCACUUUUUGGGAUAAGUGGUUCGAUUUGCACUUGGAAUUAGUGAAUACCCACUUAUUUUCACGAAUUCAUGUUUAGAGAGUACAGAUGUACAUGCCUAUAUCGAUUUUUGAUCAAUUUAAAUUCUACCAAUAAAAAAUGAAAUUCUCUUCUCCGAUUUUUUAUUUUUGAACUAACU